CAUACUACUGGGUUGCUACUUCUCGUGGACCAGGAAGAACCGAGACAACCCAGAGCUGUCAGGCUAGCUUGCUAGCUUGUGAAGCAUCGUCACUUUGAUUUUAUUAGGAAAAAUAAAGGCUUAUGCCUCCAUACAUGUUGUUACGUGGCUAAGAUUUUCUUCAUAUUCUGGACGUUGCAACAACACGGGAGUGCUUCUUUCUGUACGGCAGGUAGCCUAGCUUGCUAACGGCUUGCAUGGGUGUCUAGUAAGAAGAAGCACCAUGAGCGGGGAGCCAGAUGCCUUGGCUGUGGUGAACCAGCUUAGGGAUCUCGCUGCGGAUCCCCUGAACAGAAGGGCCAUCGUUCAGGACCAAGGUUGCUUACCAGGACUUAUACUUUUUCUGGAUCACCCCAACCCCCAAGUUGUCUACUCUGCCCUUUUGGCCGUGCGCUACCUGGCCGAAUGCCGUGCCAACAGGGAAAAAAUGAAGGACGAGCUGGGGAUGAUGUUAAGUCUACAGAACGUCAUGCAGAAAACCACCACCCCAGGAGAAACCAAACUGCUGGCCUCUGAGAUCUACGAGCUCUUGCAGGCCUCCAGCAGUUCAGACUCCGAGCAGGCAGAGGAGGCUGCCACCUGCAGACGCAAAGCCCAGUUUUUCCUAGGUUCCACUAACAAACGGGCCAAAACUGUGGUCCUGCACAUAGAUGGUCUGGAUGACUCUAGCCGGAGGAGUCUGUGUGAGGAGGCCUUGCUGAAGAUUCGUGGGGUCAUCAGUUUCACCUUUCAAAUGGCUGUGAAGAGGUGCAUUGUCCGAAUCCGCUCCGACCUCAAGGCAGAGGCUCUAGCAUCAGCCAUUGCUUUGACCAAUGUGAUGAAAGCUCAACGAGUUGUUAAAGGAGAGAGUGGGGAUGAGGUGUUGAUCCCAUUCCCAGAGGAAGGUUCUGUGGAGGUGGAGCAUAAUGAGGAUCUUCCAGACUACCUCCCAGAGGAGGAGAGCCCAUCCCAGGACCCGGACAAGGCAGUGACUCGGGUGGGUACUGGGCAAGAUGGCGUGGGCUGGCUAGGCACGGCAGCCAACUUUCUCUCCCGCUCCUUCUACUGGUGACCCUCCCAGGCCAGAGGAAGUCAUAUUUCUUUCUGAGACACUUGUACAGAAUCUGUCUUACAGCUGGCACAACCAGAGAGCUCGACAGCCAAAUGCGUUUUGUGUGACAAAAAAUGAUCUGACCGAGUGUAGGUGACACGUGUACGUACCCCCCCACAGACUUUCAUUGAACGCACUCCCUCUCUGCACCACAACGUUGAUGGUUGGAAAGGACUGGCUUCUGAAAUGGAUCGUUUCAUAAACAUAUGUUUUUUCUAAGAGUGAACUAGAAGUUUUCUUUCUACACAUGCAAGCAGGUCAACAGGUCUAUCUUACUUUAAACCAAAAUGUCUUAUUGUGAGGAGCUUAUACCGGGAUAUUGUGACUGGAUCUAUUGGAGCCCAAAUUUUGCUAUAAACAGUGUUUACCAUUUUUUUUAAA